AUGUUUUUAGCCCGGAAGAGUCUCUGUUCUCUUGAGAGGAGAGCAAAAUCCCUGAAGACAAUUUAUCCCUCAAACAUACUUGGAUUCUCUACUUCUGCUAAAUUGCCUUUGAAAUUCAAAAAUGCAAAACGAAUUGAAGGACUUAAUAAAAAUGUGUGGGUUGAAUUUACCAAAUUGGCUGCAGACCCCUCUGUUGUGAAUCUUGGCCAAGGCCUUCCAGAUAUAUCCCCUCCUGUAUAUGUAAAAGAAGAAUUAUCAAAGAUUGCAGCAAUUGAUAGCAUGAACCAGUAUACACGGGGCUUUGGUCAUCCAUCACUUGUGAAAGCUUUGGCCUGCCUAUAUGAAAAGUUUUAUCCGAAUCACAUCAAACCAAAUGAAGAAAUCCUUGUGACUGUAGGAGCUUAUGGAUCUCUUUUUAGUGCCAUUCAAGGAUUAAUUGAUGAAGGAGAUGAAGUGAUAAUAAUAGUGCCUUUCUAUGACUGCUAUGAGCCCAUGGUGAGAAUGGUUGGAGCAACACCUGUUUUCAUUCCCCUAAGAUUUAAACCUCCUGUCAAUGGAAAACAAUGGUCUAGUUCCGACUGGAUGUUAGAUCCUCAAGAACUGGCAAGCAAAUUUAAUUCUAAAACCAAAGCUAUUAUACUAAAUACUCCACAUAACCCUCUUGGCAAGGUGUAUAGCAAAGAAGAACUCCAAGCAAUUGCUGACCUUUGCAUCAAACAUGAUACACUCUGUAUCAGUGAUGAAGUCUAUGAAUGGCUUGUAUAUACUGGAAAUAAGCAUUUUAAAAUAGCUACUUUUCCAGGUAUGUGGGAAAGAACAAUAACCAUAGGAAGUGCUGGAAAGACUUUCAGUGUAACUGGCUGGAAGCUUGGCUGGUCAAUCGGUCCCAGUUAUUUGAUCCAGCAUUUACAGACAGUUCAACAAAAUACCAUCUAUACUUGUGCAACACCAUUACAGGAAGCCUUGGCUCAAGCUUUUCAGAUAGACAUCAAGCGUAUGGAUGACCCAGAGUGUUACUUUAAUAGUUUGGCAAGAGAGUUAGAAGUAAAAAGAGAUCGAAUGGCCCAUUUACUUGAAAGCGUUGGGCUGAAACCCAUUGUUCCUGAUGGAGGGUAUUUCAUCAUUGCUGACGUGUCAUUGCUAGAUGCAGAUCUCUCUGAGAUGAAGAACGAUGAACCUUAUGAUUAUAAAUUUGUGAAAUGGAUGACUAAAAAUAAGAAACUGUCGGCAAUCCCUGUUUCCGCAUUUUGUAAUUCAGAGGCCAAAUUACAGUUUGAGAAAUUUGUACGAUUCUGCUUCAUUAAAAAAGAUAGUACACUGGAUGCUGCUGAAGAAAUCAUCAAAGCAUGGAGAAACCAGAAGCCUUGA